AUGCUCCUAUUGCUCCUAGGAGCGACGACGGCAUGGGCGCAAUUCAACUUUAAUUUCGGGAACAUGUUCCAUCAGCAGCAGGAGCCUGAGAAGCAGAACAUGCCGUCGGAUUCGGAGUGGUUCAGGACGAAUUAUGAUAAUGCGCACUGCGACAAAUAUCUCUGCCCAGCCACGCUCAGUUGUGUACAUUUCCCGCAUCACUGCCCAUGCGCAUUUCCCGACCACGAGGACAAGGUCGAAUUCGGCGAUGGGAGCAUGGCGUGUGUGAGCAAAGGUGGUUUCAAGGCGGGUGAGGCGGGGAGGAAAAUCGAGUUAGCGAGGAAAGGGCUGCUUUGA